GCAGAGGCGGGGGGUGAGUCCAGUCCACUCUCCGAACACACGUUCCCACACUCCUCCGGGGCGCAGGACGCACGGAGGACGCACGGAGGACGCACGUUCACAAGACGCCGAGAGGUCGAACGAACUCAGCGCAGCGACGUUCAAUUACCUCGGGCUUUAGAGGCAGUCAAAAGUGUAAAGAGCUUUCCUUCCGUCUUCCUGUUCUGCGCCUUGCACCUCGGGUAGCGCGGGAUCGUUCUUCCCUCCAGCGAGCCAUGACGCGCGGACAUCACGGGAGCGUGUGCGCAACGCUUUGGAUUCAUAUUGUGAGGAUUGGUGUCGGAACGAACGAGGACGCUGCGUAAAAGGAAAAACCUAAACUCCCCCAAGUGUGACCAGUGAAGUUUGUUUCAAUCCCCCCCAGAGUAAGAAUGGGGCCGUCAUCCAUCCUGCUUCUCCUGGCUUUUUUGGGUCGGGCCCAAGGCUCCUCCCUGCACUACUCCGACGGCCUCUCCAGCCGCCUCUCCCUGGAGAAGACCUUCGGCCGGGCGGUCAGAGACUCCCAGUGCCACCACAUGCUGAAGCACCUUCACAACGGAGCCCGGAUCACUGUGCAGAUGCCUCCCAACGUGGAGGGUCACUGGGUGUCCACCAGGUGUGAGGUGAGACCGGGGGCGGAGUUCCUGACGCGCUCCUACAGUUUCUACGCCAACAACACCUUCCAGGCUCACCAGUUCUACUACGAGGACAACCACUGCACCAGGCCCACCUACACGCUGGUGGUCCGCGGGCGCCUGCGCCUGCGCCAGGCCUCCUGGAUCAUCCGCGGCGGCACGGAGGCCGAGUACCACCUCCACCGCGUCCAGAUGGUGUGUCACACGGCCACCGUGGCCAAAGAGCUCAGCCAGAGGCUCAACCACAGCUGCCGCGGGGCGGCGAGGGGCCCCUGGGAGCCCGGCAGGAUCUACGAGCUGUGGAGCGAGGAGGGCGGCCACGACUGCUCCCGGGAGCUCAACUUCGCCAUGCACGAGCUGCAGCUGCUGCGGGUGGAGAAGCAGUACCUGCACCACAACCUGGAUCACCUGGUGGAGGAGCUGUUCCUCGGAGACAUCCACACCGAGCCGUCGCAGAGGCUCUACUACAAACCGUCCAGCUACCAGACGGCCCUGCAGAACGCCAAGAACCACGACCACGGCUGCAUCGCCUGUCGGAUCAUCUUCCGCUCCGACGAGUUCCACCCGCCCAUCCUGCCGCCGCGGGCCGACCUCACCGUGGGCCUGUACGGCCAGUGGGUGAGCCAGCGCUGCGAGGUGCGGCCCGAGGUGCUCUUCCUCACCCGCCACUUCGUCUUCCACGACAACAACCACACGUGGGAGGGCCACUACUACCACUACUCCGACCCCGUGUGCAAACACCGCACCUUCACCAUCUACGCCCGCGGGCGCUACAGCCGGGGGCUCCACUCCACGCGGGUCAUGGGCGGGACGGACUUCGUCUUCAAAGUGAACCACAUGAGAGUGACGCCCAUGGACUUGGCCACCACCUCGCUCCUCAACGUCUUCAACGGCAACGAGUGCGGCGCGCAGGGCUCCUGGCAGGUCGGCGUGGAGCAGGACGUCACCACCACCAACGGCUGCGUGGCGCUGGGCAUCCGGCUGCCGCACACCGAGUACGAGCUCUUCCGCAUGGAGCAGGACGCGCACGGCCGCUACCUGCUCUACAACGGCCAGCGGCCCAGCGACGGCUCCAGCCCCGACCGGACGGAGAAGCGCGCCACGUCCUACCAGAUGCCCCUGGUCCAGUGCUCGGCGAGCAGCCAGCCGCCCGACUACAGCCGAGGGAGCGACGGCGACAGGCCCCUGCGGCACCACAGUGACUGCGCCGGGUGGCACGCGGGCCGCCAGACCCGCGCCGCCGCGGCUUCGGUUGCGCUGGUCACGUCCGUGCUCCUUUUCCGGCAGAGCUAGGGAGCAGUCUGACACGGGACAAAGGGUGUGGAUCACGAUGGCGGACUGUGGGAAGACGGCCCCGCAAUGCAAACUUCCCCUUUGUGACGAGAACGAGGAUGAGAAACCGGUGCCUCCGAUCCUCUGAACCACCAAAGACUCUGCACCGCAGGAACUGCACUUUACAGUGGAACCAAAGACGGACUCAACUGUGUUUCCACAAAUAUACAAAGAUGUCUAUAUAUAUAUGUAUAUGUAUAUCCACACAGACCUGAGUGUAUGUUUUUAUACAGUGUAUUUACCUACAACCAUCAAGUCAUUUCUUGGUUUGGGUUUUCAUGACCUGGGGCGUGGAAAGGUUUUCUACGAUGAACUGACAAUAAGCUCCUUGUCUGGAGGAGAGAUGCUCGUGAGUUACUGUUUACUGUGUAAAAAAAAAAAAAAGGGAACUACCGUACUUCUAUUAAAGCAAUUUCUUUAAAUAUAGCCUGAACUCAACAGCAGUUUUCUGUCAUCUAUUUCACAUAAAGGUCGUACAGUUAUUUCGGAUACAACAGAACUCCAUCUAUUCCUCCUGCAGGUCAUUAUCUCAUCACCGUUGCUGCAGCUUCACCGGUCUCCUAUAUGGGGAAAUAUGGGAAAUAAUAGGACUGGGAAAUAUGAAUAGUUUUCUGAUAUCAGCACAGUAAAUUAUUCUACAUCUUUUACAUGUGUAAAAUGCAUAUGGUUUUAAAUUACAAUUUAUUUGUUAUAUUUUUGCAAACAAUAUGAUCAUGACAUGAUGACCGGAUGAUAUUGAAUCGUUACCUUGUCUUCUGUGCACUCGCGUCGCUUUUACAUGGUUUAAGUACUGUAUAUCACACUGAGGCUUUGUUUUCAUAAAUCUGGGAAAAACAAAUCUGUUCAAUAAAAAAUACAAAUAAA